AUGGCAUCUCCUUCCCCCGAGGCUUCAUCUCCCUACCCGGAGGCUUCUGUUUCAACUGCUUCUUUUCUGUCUUCGUCUCCUGUCUCUGGCGUGCACGGCCAAGACUUUGUGGCGCUGGUCAGCGGGGGAAAAGACAGCGUCUACUCGAUUCGCUUUGCUCUCGCGCUCGGGCACAGACUGCGGGGCGUGGCCUAUCUGAGGCCUCCUGCCGCCGUCAUCGAAGCCGACAGCUUCAUGUACCAGUCUGUGGGGGCGGAGCUCGUGGCAGAUAUUGCCCGCUGCAUGCACGUCCCUCUAGUCGUUCGUACGAUAGACGGCAAACCCAUCGCUACUGACAGCGUCGGCUACGAAGCCACCCAAGGCGACGAAGUCGAAGACCUCUUCGCCCUCCUCCAAGAUGUUAAGACUCGCUUUCCAGCGGUCACGGCCGUCAGCGCUGGCGCGAUUCUCUCGGAUUAUCAGAGGCAGCGCGUCGAGAAUGUCUGCAGGCGCCUGCAGCUGCAGCCUUUCUUCUUCCUAUGGCACCGCGCCCAGAGCCCGCUGCUGCACGAGAUGGCAGCCUGGGGCCUCGACGCCGUGCUCGUCAAGACUGCCGCGUGGGGGCUGAACGCCCAACAUCUCGGAGAGACGAUUGGAGCUCUGGCCAAGUCCUUUGGCAAAAUGGAAAAGGAGUUCGGCUUCCACUCGUGUGGAGAAGGUGGAGAAUACGAAACGGUCGUGGUGGAUUGUCCCCUUUUCGAGGACGCCCUCCUCAUCGACCGCUGGAGACUCGUCGUCCACUCCCCCGACGCCUUCGCGCCUGUCCUUCUUCUCCAAGCACAGACGUGGCAAAGAGCAGCCAAGCGAGGGCGAAGCUCGGCCGACUCGGUCGGAGCCCAAGCGCAAGAGAGCGUGGCGAGCGAGAACGGCUUCGACGGGGGCUCUGCGCUGGAACGCGAAGAGAGACCACGACAAAGGCAGAACGCCUUUGCGUUGCCUGCUCGGGCAGCAGCCGAAGCAGCCAAACUCGCAGCCGACAAAGCGCGCAGAGAGGAGAAAGAUGGGGAGAGCACAGACUCCGCUGAAGACGACAAAGGAGAGCGCGGAGAUCGCAACAGCCACGCGGAGACGUUUGAAGGUGGCGCUCCAGGUGCAAAAGGAAGCGUCUUAACGGAGACAGAACGGUGGCCGCUCUCACGUGAUUCCGGCAGGAAUGGCCUUCCUCCCUGCGCCUGUCGCCCCGGCUUCGCCUCGGGGUCUUCGUGUCCGGCGUGUGCCUUUCUGGAAGAUCUGACUGCCCUCAAGUUCUAUCUCUCUGCCGCGUCUCCGCAACGCCUCGCACGCUGGAGCUGUCGGUACACGCGCGCGGCUGCUCAGCUCGCCUCGCUUUCUUCGCGACACGCAGCCGCCUCUUCGUCUGCACGUGCCUCCCUCCAAGGGCCCUGUCUCCCCCAGUCUCCGCCGGACGGUCUCCGUGGCGAGCAGCGGGCGACGCGGCAGCCCGCGCCCCAUCCUCGGAACGAGGCCCAGGGGACGAUAGCUGUCGACGCCGGAGAGAGAAGGCCUGUCAGGUAUCGCGUCACAGCGGAGCGCAGCGGCCAGCGCGUCCUUUUGCAUGCAGUUCUGGUUCUCGGCGAAGACGCAAAGACGGCAGAGCCUGCCGUGAGGAACGGCGCGACGCGUCACGGCGACUGCACGGUGAGCAGCCUGCCCCGCGUCCGCUGGUCUUCUCAGGUGGGAACGUCGUCUUUUUUGGAGAAGAGUGGAAACAGUGCAUGCGGAAGCGAAGCGUCCGACGGCUUCCUGCAGGAAGAACAAGAGGGAAGCGGCGAUCCGGAGAGUGGGCGGGGAAGACGCCUGCGCGGCGUCAGGAAGGCGAAGGACACCUGCGCGGUCGAAGCAACCGCGCCAGCUGACGAGAACGCGGCCGCGAGAGUCCUGCCUUCCCUCAUUGUCGGAAGUCUUCGCGAUCUGCUGGGAGCAGAGCCUCUGGGGUGGGACGCGUGUCGCCACGAGGACACAGGAAAGACGCUGCCGGAGAGAAAGGCGACAGCGAACCCGGGAAAGGUGCUGCCUGUUGCUCACCUGCUUUGCGUUGCGUUCUCGCCACUCCUGGGGAAUCCUUCGGAGACGUACUCCUGCCUGUCUGAAACCCCGACCGGAGAUUCAGCGACGCUUUGCCCUUCGCUCGCUCGCCAGCCUGGGCGAGAAGGAACCAGAGACGAACUCGAAGAACUCACGGGAGUGCGAACUUGCGGAACCGCGUGUGUUUCCACACCUUCGGAUCCAUAUCCUACGUCUUCUCCUUCGUCGCCUUCCUCUGCGGCUGGCAGUUUUUCAGGAGAGCUGUUGGACGCCCGCAGGCUUGUCGAGGAGGUUCUGCUGGCGCUGCAAGGCUCGGCAGGUCAUCCUUUUCCAGUCACGACUCUCUGCGUCCCCGCUGUGCCUGUCUCGCGAGGUCAGGAGACGGUUCCUUUGCUUCGUCUCGCGCUGGAACUCGACGAAGGCGCGCGAAACGACGAGAGCGAAAGGGGACAGCGUCUGUCUCCUGGCGCGCCUUCACUGCUCGCGGGCGAGGGCGGGGAAACAAGGGAAGGGCGGUUCUUUUUCUCUCCGUCCUUCUUCCUGCCUGAGGCGAGCCGGAGGUUUAAAGAGCCCUUUGCGACGCGCUCUCUGAACUUGUGGGUACCGCCGCUCACUGUCCUCCCGACGAUGCCUCCGCCGCUGAGAACGGCGGAUCCUUCGCUGGGCGAGAGGCGCCAGCGCGAGGAGUUGGAAGCAGGCGACUGCGACGCGGGCCGCGAGAGGCACAAAGCGAGACCGCAGGAAAGAGAAACGCGCACGCCUGGCUGUUCGUUUUCUCUCGCCAGCACUUUGUGCCAGGCUGCCACGUACACCCGUCACGAGCACCUCUGGGAGGUCUACCGAGACACGGAAAUGGGCGACGCGGGGGACGAAACGCGAAACGCUUCGACUUUGUGCUGCGAAUCUCAGCGGGGGCCAGGGAGGGAUGGACCUCAACGCCCACUGGCCGUUUCCUCCCCCUCCACCGCCCGCCACUCAUCUUCCACGCCUUCAGCCCGGCGUGCGCCUUCAGUGACUGGCCCGACGUCUCCAGCGUCACCGCGCGUUCGCUGCGUCGCGUCGACCUCUCUGCCGUACUCUGAAAUCCUUCUUGGAGGCGUGUGUGGACAUCUUCCGCACUCAGGUCUUCUGCCGCUUUCCUCUGCGUGUUCAGUGCCUGUGGGCGCCUCCGAGUCGCCUGACUCGCCUGUGGCUUUCGACCGGGACAGAACGCGAGCAGGCGAAGUUGCGGUACGCGCAGAGACGCGUCAUAAGGCAGAGUGGUCCAAGACAUCACCAGACGAUGCGACGAAAGAUGAGACGAAAGAAGAGCUAGAGACAGGAGGCGUGAACGCGGACAUCGACGAGCGCCUGCCGUCUCGGGAAGGCCUCGAUCUCGCUCUGGAAGUCGCCGCAGCGGCUCGGAACCUUCUGCACACUGCCCGACUCGCCGGGGCGGAACCUGGGAAGCCGCAGGAGGCGGGCGACGAGGGAGAAGACGAUAGCGAGAGCGACGAGGAGCUAGCGAGCGUGGAGCAGAAACGAGGGAGCGAGCGACAGAGUGGAGACUGGGAGCAUUUGACAUCCCCGUUGCCAGCGCCCCCGCCUUUGGUGUUUGCCUUUUCGAGCUUGAGGGAGGCGACGCAAGUCUCGCGAGGUCUGGUGGAGAGCCGCCGUCGCGCUUCUCUUUCCGGACGAAAGAACGAAGGAGAGGAAGGCGAGCGCGCGAGAGAGGCCGCAGAACCGCAAACUGAAGCUGGCCCUGGGCAGAAGCGCGACAAAACGACUGGAUCGGCUCUAGCGCGACGGUCCGACCUCAGGAGUCUCGCGUCUUCCGCCAUCUCGUCGCUGCUCGCGGGCGUUCGCUCCCAGCUUGAAGGCCUCCUCGACCCGCAGUUCUCGCGAUCUGCGGAAAGAGACGAGGAGCAAACGACGAGGCAGCGGCACGUUCGAGGCGGAGGCGAGAAGGAAGACGGGACGCACGUCUCGCCCGAGACACCCGCGUGCGCUCUGUGUUCUUCGCAGGACGUAAACCCUUUGGCUGCGCCUGCGUCCUCUGGGUUUGUCCUCUCGUCUCUCCCGUCCUCUUCCUCGCCGUCUUGCUCCCCUCGUUUGCCUUCUCCCUCUUCUCUUCCGUCCAACGUGUUUUGCAGCCGCUGCGUAGGGGCGACGACGCUCGUGGUGCCUGCCCAGGUUGUUUCGGUACAGGGUGGCGGGCACGUCUCGCUCUGGGCGCUCGGCGUUCGCGGGGCAGCGCGCGAGUUUUCUGGGGCCGGAGAAGGGACGCCGGCGGGGCUCUGGAGACGCGACCAACUCCCGCGGAGACAGGCCGGCGCGGGCCCAUUUGUUUCUUCGCGGCAGCGGUGCACAGACAGCGCGCAAGACUGCGACGAGGCGGCAACAGGUGAUCGCGGAAUCGUAAAUGCAGCAAAAGGGGAGAGGACGAAAGACCGCCCCAGGGAGGCCUGGAGUCUCUGGGUCUCGGGCGGCAGGGCGGGAGGCAGAUGGACGAAGACAGUCGAGGCAUCGACGAGAUCGGGCGCAGCCGACGACGUGGAGAGUCGAGCUGACAAGUCCGGCGAGCCACCGAGCGAGACGAAGGCGCCUGGACACUGGAACGUCGAAGUGAAGUUCUCAGCUCUUUUAGAAGGCGGAGACGACUCCCCACACUGCACGCGGGAAACGGAGACGGAUGCCCGUUCUUCUGGGUAUCUCGGGGCGACCUGGGCAGCGGCCGUUGUCACGGCGGCGAGGAAAGUUUCGAGGCAGUCGUUCUGUCUUGACUCGCAAAGCUCCAGGGAGGCAAGCGGCGACAAGGGGCCCAGUGGUGACAAGGAAGAAGAGAACAUGGCAACAGAGAGCGAGAGAGACACCCGCAGAGGCAAAAUCAACGGCGGCGAGACAGAUGAAAAAGACGAAGGAGACAGGAAGGAGACAGUGGGCGAGAACGUUGAAGAAUGGCUGUCUGUGCUUAUGGGGGGCGUUGUGGACGCCGUCCUCACGCUGGAUCGGUGGACGAGGCGAGACCGCCGAGAAGACACCGACUCUGUAGAGAAUCAGGGUCAAAAUAAAACGUUUGGAAAAGGAAGGCAGGAGGCGAAUCCCGACUCAGGCGAAUGUCUCUCAGAAGGCGGGAGUCACGCGCCGAAUCCUCUCGGCGACGCAGGCUGGUGCGCCUACGUUCUCUACGUUCCUCCCGCUCUUUCUCUCAGUUCCCCGGCCUCGUGGGAAGGCGGCUGCUGGGAAGCGGCCUUUCGUCGGCUUUUUUCCGAAAGGAUGGAGAAGUUGCGCGUCAAACCCCGCGAUUCCAGCUCUUCUCCGAGAGAGACAGAGCAAGCUGCCUGCGCGGCGGAUUCUGAGAAGAGAAACGCCGGCAGUCCACAAGUCUCUGUCGCACUGGUUUUCGUCCCCGUUCUUGGACUCGAGCAGGCAGAGGGGUGCGCGCCAACGGCGGCUCAGGUUGUCAUCGUCCGAGACGGAGGGCGUCUCUCCUGUGUGUAG